GCUGGUAAAUUUCUCAUUUUUACAUUACAUGAUUUUAUAUUACUGUCCUGAGUGAUUUAAUGAAGCAAUGACCACUACUGAAUCAUCAAGAAAUCAGAAUAAAUGUGCAAUUAAUGAGCAAUAUAUAUUUACUCAUCAAUCAAGUGUAAAUUCUGUAAAGAAUUAGGUUGUGGUAAUAGUAAAUUAUCUCUUCUACUAGGUUUAUAUUAUUCUACUUAGUGGUAUAAAUAUUUACUUUGUACAUUAAUUUUAAAUUAAAUUAAAUUUUUCCUGCCUUGCCUUUUUCCAGAUUCUUGUGCAGUGCGCCCACGACGGUUGCAGAUGCAGUGGUAUCAGUGGUAUCUUUGAUGCCUCAGGGUAUCAAUAAUAUUCCCUAUGUUGUUCCCUCUGUAUUUUUAAUAUCUAUCUGCCUAUGAUACAAAUGGGGCUUGGUUAAUCAUAAUCAUUCCAUCUACCAAAUUUAAAAUGGGUAAUGUAGAAUGAAUGAGGUCCAAUGUGUCUAUUUUGAUGAGGUCUAUGAUAUUUGUGUUGUGAAAUUCAUUUCUUGACACAUUAAAUAUGCAUUAGUUUUAGUAUGGCAUAAUUUUUCUGUUUUCAUUACAGGCUUGUUCAUGUUUCUGACUGUCAAGUGAUGUGUAAUUUGAGACACAGCAAUUAAUGUGUAUGCAAAUAAGAUAUAAUUGAAUGACAGUAAAUAAUAUUAUAAUCUAAUGACAGAAGAUAAUUGAUACAAAGUGCUAGAAAAAAUCAUUUUCUUAAUUUCUGCUAAUUUGGUCUGUGGGAAAAAUUGAUAAGAUGUCCAAUCCAGGAAGACCACCUAAUUUUGGUGGCCCCAACAGCUGCAUGAGAUUUCAAGGUCCCAAUGGCCCACGCUUCUGGGGACCGCAAGGGCCUUCCCCCAUGGCCCCUGGGCAAUUUGGACCUUGUUCCUUUGGUCCUGGGCCUAAUUUCAGUGGCCCGCAAGGAGAUUUUAGUUCUGGGCCUGGUCCUCAAGGAUAUAGUGGUCCUCCAGAAUUUGGACCUGGACCUGGUGAUCACAGAAAUUUUUCUGGUCCUCCUGGAGACUUUGGCCCUCCGGGCAACUUUGGUCCUCCAGGGAACUUUGGUCCUCCAGGCAACUGUGGUCCUCCAGGCAACUGUGGUCCUCCAGGGAACUUUGGUCCUCCAGGCAACUUUGGUCCUCCAGGCAACUUUGGUCCUCCAGGCAACUUUGGUCCUCCAGGCAACAUUGGACCUCCUGGCAACAUUGGACCUCCUGGUGAAUUUAGUCCUUCUGGUGAUUUUGGUCCUCCUGGAGACUUGGGUCCUCCGGGUGACUUCGGUCCAGCUCCCAAUGGUUCUCAUCUUAAUUUCGGACUUGGGCCAAAUGGUCCUUCAGGGGACUGUGAUUCUUCUAGAGAUUUCGGACCUAACGGACCCAGUGGAGGGAAUGGUACAAUGCCAAAUGGCCCUCCUGGACCCACUGGCGAGACUCCGACCAGCAACUCACAUCCAGCCCCACCUGGAGCCGAGGCUGAUAACGAAACCAUAUCUAUGUGUGAAAUGGCUGCUAUGUUUGCCUCUGAAAAUUGUGGUGCUGAGACGCGUGCAAUGCUGCAAGAGGAAAAAGAAGCCAUGUCUAAGCAGCAACGGAAGACACCAGCGGCUGGGGGAGCUAUUGCUGCUCCUCCCAUUGCUACAGCAGCGUCUGGUCCACCUGUCAAUACGAGUGUUCUUCCGCCUAGUGUGAGUGCUCCUCUUCAACAGCCGAUGCACAUGCCUCCCCUGCAAAGUAUGCCUCCACAACAAGGCAUGCCUCUGCAACACGGCAUGCCACCUCAGAUAGGUAUGGAUCCUCAGCAAGCUAUGCCUCCCCGGCAAGGAAUGCCACCCCAGCCAGGAAUGCCUCAGCACAGUAUGCCACCCCAACAAGGUAUGCCUCCCCAACUCCACAUGCCUUCCCAACACAGUAUUCCUCCGCAACAUGGUAUGCCACCCCAACACGGUAUGCCUCCCCAACAUGGCAUGCCUCCCCAACACGGUAUUCCUCCUCAGCAUGGUAUGCCUCCUCAGCAAGGUAUGCAUCCACAACUCGGAAUGCCUCCACAACACGGCUUGCCUCCACAGCAUGGUAUGCCUCCCCAGCACGGUAUGCCUCCCCAGCACGGUAUGCCUUCCCAACACGGAAUGCCUCAACAACAUGGGAUGCCUCCACAACACGGUAUGCCUCCACAGCACGGUAUGCCUCCACAGCUCGGUAUGCCUCCCCAACAUGGUAUACCUCCACAACAUGGGAUGCCUCCCCAACAUGGUAUGCCGCCUCCAUCAAUGGCAAAUCCAUCCAUGAUUCCUCCCAUGAUGAACCAAGCCAACCCUAUGCCACACCAAGUUCCCUCUAACUACCCCAUGAGUUAUAGCUCACCUGCCAUGACAAUGCAGUCAGUUCCGCCGCAAUCUGCGGGUCAGUCUCUCCUUGUCAAACACAAGGCAGAUAUCAAUAAACCGGCCGUUAAAACAACUAAAAAGAACAAGGCCAAAAACGGCAGCAAUAAGAUCAUAAUUAAGCCUAUCACUGCCGGUCCCGCUCUGGCCGAACCUACGACCGAGACCGACGAGGCCUUGGCUGAUUUCUACUCCAGUGUUGCAGCUGACAUCGAGAAGAAAAAAGAAGAGCUUAAAAAGAAAUCCGAAGAAGAGGAACUCCAAAAGAAGAAAUUAGAAGAAGAAAAGAAGGCAAGAUUAUUGCCAUCCGAGAUCAAGGGGCAAGUGACGAUCACGGUAAAUAAUGUCUUCAAACCCAUCGGCAUUUACGAAUUCCGACGAGUGUUGCAGGCAUGCGGUCAGAUCACCCGUUAUGUCAUGACCAAGAACCCCUCUGACCUCUACGCGAGCGCCCGCGUCACCUUCUCCCGCGUGGACGAGGCUCUCCGAUGCGCUCGCCUCAUGGCCCGCCUCUCCAUCGAUGGCUGCAAGAUGACCACCGUCAUCCCAGAUUUCAUUAAUAACGACGCUGGACCGUCCCGUGGAGAUCGAUCCAUUGACAAGGAUGUGGUGAGGGCCAUCGACAAGCUCCUGAAAGGCUCCUGCCGCUCCACUCAUUGGGACUCGUUGGCAAAAGAAGAAGGUCCUGCGCUGGACAACGAGGUUACUGACGAGGCCAAAUCUCCUGCAGCAGCAGAAGCGAAGCCUGCCCCUGAGAAAGUGGAGCUAAUUAUCAGCACAAUUCCCGAAGUCGGGGAAAUUAUCCCAGAUAAACCAACGUCUUCCCUGAAAACUGAGAAGAUCAGCCAAAAGGCUGAUAAAAAAGCGAUGAGCACAUCCAAAAGGCGGUACCGCAAGCUGAGCGUUUCUUCUGUUUCGUCGGACUCUUUAGACUCUGAAAUUGGAGAAGAAGUCCUCACAAAAGGAAAACGAUCCAGCAAAAGUCCUAGUCAUCGAACACACAAGAAAAGUCUCAAGCGCAUCAAAACUCGAUCACCAACUCCCACGAAGUCGGUCGCCCGGUCACGAAGUCCCCGACAGCCUAAACUUCGGUCCCGAAGUCCUCGACUACCGAAGCCUCGGUCCAGAAGUCCUAGACUGGCACAACCUCGGUCCCGAAGUCCUAGACUGGCACAACCUCGGUCCCGAAGUCCUAGACUGGCGAAACCUCGGUCGCGAAGUCCUCGCCCACAAAAACUUCGGUCCCGAAGUCCUCAUGUGCAAAAACCUCGGUCCCGAAGUCCUCGCUUGCCGAAGCCGCGAUCCCGAAGUCCUCGCUUGCCAAAGCUUCGAUCCCAAAGUCCCCGUCCACAUGAAGGUCGAGUGAGUCGGUAUCCUCGACGGCCUAGCAUGAGCCCUGACCGAAGCCCGAGCCCCGACAAUCACAGGAGCAAUGGGCGGCGACUUGUGAGCUACCCAGGGCCCAUGAGUCCCGAACGUGGACCUCAUCCACCUAAACGACGAGAGGAAGAAAGGCCUUUUGGAGAUGGCCGUGGCCGCCACUCCCCUGCGCCUCUCACAAUUCUGAGGAGCCCUUCGCCAGAGGCACGUAUCGUACAAGUCCCAGCGGUACCUGUAAAGAGUCGCAACUACAAUUUAAAAAUCAUCGAGACCCAGAAAAACAUAACAAAAACCGGUGUACUGGAUCUUUGUGACAUCUUCUUCGGAGGCAAGCCCCCCAUAUUUGUGCGCGGUGAAGGCUGGUUGCUCGAUAUCCCUAAAAGCAGAAACGCCGUGGCGAUGUUCCAGCUGUUGCACAACCAACGCCUCAUCGACACCAAGCUCAAGCUGACAUUUGUGAGACGUCCCUCUAAGAAAGUAUUUCUUAAUAAAGCUGACAUGAAAGGCGUCGAAUCGCGCGUCAAGAAAGUUGUCAGCAGCUAUGACAGUCACACUAAAUACCUCAUCAGGAACGACAUCAACAAAGGCUUGGACAUCUACAGUUUCAAGAUCAACCCGUGUCUCGCGGAAUACUGCAGCGAGCCCGCUUGUCCGUUAUUUCACGGCUACAAAGACAGGCGCAGGGACCCCCGCAAGUUCGUCUACAGGCCGGUCAUGUGCAACAACCUGCGUACCGUCAGCGAGUGUCCACGGGGCGACGCCUGCAAACUCGCUCAUAACAUGAUGGAGUCGCUGCUGCACCCGUCGGUGUUCCUGGCUGACGUGUGUUCCUUGUGGUACGAGCAGCGGCGCUGCACCGCAGACUCGCUCUGCAACAACGCGCACCCGGAGUCGCCUGACAUGUUCUACCACGUCGCCUGGAACGACCUCUACGUCGCGGGACUGCACAACACAUUCUACUUCUUAGCUGGGGCCAUACGCAACCUACACAAGAUCAAACAAGUUACCGGAGGCUGUCACAUCAUCCUGGGGACGGUGCCGGGGCUGCUGGCGAUGUUCGCAGAGCGCGGGGUCGGGCCCCUCAAGGGCCUCAACGCCCUCAUCGUGGACGACGUCUCGUCCAUCUUGGAGGACGAGGAGCGUCUCGCCGCCCUCGUCGACCUCAUCGUCCUCGUCUACAAUCAACUCAGCAAUCCAGAGCGGCUCAACAAAGUAGUCGUGGCUCACGACAUUUACGACAAGGACGUGACGACAGCGCAGGAGCUUUUUUCCACAGAGUUCACCCUCGUCGGGAAAGUCAAGGAGGCAGAAAAAGACGAGCUGGCAGAAGUUUUGGGAAAUCAAUCUGAAGAUAAUGCCGGCAAGCCCGAGCCUAGCGCUGCAAAGGCGGACCGAAGUGACACCCAGAAAGUGACUAGCGUUGGUGGUAGUAAGCGAGGUGCUAAGAACAAUAGACGUGCCCGCAAAAGUGUCAGUGAUGAAAGUUCUAGUUCCUCUUCUUCUUCAUCAUCGAGUGACGAGGUGUCUCUGCGGGAUGAGAAUCGUAGUGCAAAGAAAAGUGGUGCUAGAUCACGAUCGCGGUCACGUCACUCGAACAAGUCGCGGUCACGUUCUCCUAAACGCAAUAGAACUGAUAAUUCUAAGUCCUCUGAGGAGGCUUCUGCUGCAGUGCUGUCAGACAAGCCGACGCUGACGCCGCAGCAGUUCCUGGCUGAGGAGAAGGCGCUACGGGCGGAACAUGAGCAGGAGUACAGCGUGUUCAAGGAGGUGCCAGAGAUGCAUCCUGAAUACGAGGCUAAGUACGAACAGUUCAUUACGUGCUACAGGGAGCGCAUGGCGGGGACUGAGGGGGACCAAGAUCUGGAGGAGAGCGUUUGGUCAGCUUUUUGGGAGAGCGAAUUGGAGAAAACCAAAAACGAAGCAUGGCAGCAGAAACGAAAGCAGUUGGUUAACAAGUACAAAGAGGUUUUGAAUAAAAAGAAACCCCUCAAAACUGCUAUGUCUGAUCAUCAUUUGGUUGUUCCUUCAACUUCAACUUCUCAAGCUUUUCUUGAUGUUGGUGGUUCAAUGCCUUCAGAUUCGGUGUUGAUGCAAAGUUUAGCUUUUACAAAAGAGGACGUCGCUAGGCUGACAGCCACGAAAUCUACAUCAGCAGUUCCCCCUGCACUAGAAGCACCACCAAGUACAGGGUCCUCCAUCAGGGAGACUUAUGCUGCUCUAGGAGAUCUUUGUGGUCCUCUUGGUAUCCUAGGAACAGCACUCAAAGGCCUUCUCACAAUGGCCAAAGAUUGUGGUUACGACACACCUGAAGCGCUGAAGAUAUUUACCGACCCCGACAACGUGACUCUCAUCAAGAUGAUUACAGAAAAAUGGAGAACGCAACUAAAAACUGCUUCUCAUUCGUCGAGCGAAAAAUUGCGCAAGGGAAUCGCGGCUGCAGAAAAACUCCUUAAAGAAGCCGAUAAGCCUGCGCGAGUGUCGCCGCCGAAAAUGUCAAGAUCUCCUCCUGCUCCGGGCGUUUCGGCUCCAGGGAAGAUUAUUAUGGACGAUAUCGAUAUGGAUCUCAUUGCUAAGGCUACCCUUGGUAAAAAUCCUGGCGAAAUUCUAAAUUUCAUCAAUAACACUCUCGCCUAUGAAGGGAAAACUGCCAAUAACGAAGAACUAACUGCCAUCUAUCUAUCAAUAUCUGCCCUGCACAUGAGCAUGUCAUUGCCGACUCGUGCGUCGCCGCCGACCAUACCAUCUGCCCCAUCAAAGUCGUAUCCUCCUUACACGUCUACUUCGCCCGUCGCGUCACCCGUCGUGUCCUACAGCAGCACUAGGGCGUCUGGUACCUCCGGGUAUUCUCACAGACAGCCAUCAUAUUCUGAAGAAUCUUAUGCCUCAUCACUUUCUAUGCCAUUAAACUUGCCUUCAAGUUCUCAAACGGCCAACGCAAUUCUGAUGGCGUCGAUGUCUGAAAGCCUCACCGAUCCCUACUUACCAGGAUUACCUCCUCGAGAUGCUCCUUCCCCCCGCAGUGCUUACAGUACCACAUCCUCGGCCGCGUAUACCAACAUUGCCACACACUUAACAACCUCUGUCACUCCUGUCGCUCCCUCGCACACAUCUACGUCCUCAUACAACAACAGCGCGACGCAGGCUCAGGGUAAACGGCCGUCGCCUGCAGUGGUAGUUGAUUCCGCCGACGAUUCAUGGUUCGUCCAGGAAGUCAAGACUGCUCUUAGCGACCCCCAGAUCACAAUUGAAAUGUUCAAUAAACAAUUAGCUACCAUAUUCGUGAAGAAACCUCGCAAUUACAAGUUUUCUGCGAGCGAUCUAAAUCUUGCUAGUGAAUUACAACAGCUAGGCACCUCUAACUACUCUGGUGAAGCGUUCAUUUCUGCGCUUAAAAAAAUUUUAAAUGUAUAAGAUAGACAUUGUUGGCAGUGACGAUGGUCUAGUGUUAAUGUCUUAGCAACAUUUUAUUUUAACCUAUAGUAGGAACGUGUAUUGUGCUAAAAAUGGUUUGUGUGUACAUCUAAAUAAUUAGAAAUGAAACUAAAUAAAUUUGUAUGCUUGCAAAUCUUACACAGCCGUCUACCUCCUCCGGAGUUUAUAUGCGUUUGGUUGUACUUGUUUGUUAUUUACAAGGUUCAUUCUCAUUACAAUCAACCCAUUAUUUAUUUACUUCACUGUUAAUGCUGUGCGUUAUGAUAAAUAAUUCCUAUUUGUCAUAUUUCCAACUAUCAUAAUCCAACUCAUAUAUUUAUCAUCGCAGUUGCUAUGCCUACAAUGCAUUGACAAUUUUAAAGCUGUGUUCAUUACUCAUCGGCUAAUUUUUUUUCAUCAUAGAUUUAAAUAACAUAAAUAACUCAAAUAAAUUUAUUACUUUUCCCGUCUUGUCCACUGCUGCUGUGGUACGUUCCGAAUUCCAUGACGCCACCACACCUGUUGCACACGAGUUCUUCAUAAAUUGUACACUA